CGUGGCAGCCGCUGGAGCCGCGGACGAGGAGCGAGGCCGGCCGCCGGGCACUUCCUGUGGAGGCCGCAGCGGGCGCGGGCGCCGACGGGCCGAGCGCCGAGCGAGGGAGCGAGCGAGCCGAGCCUCCCGCCGCCGCCAUGGGCCAGAACGACCUGAUGGGCACGGCCGAGGACUUCGCCGACCAGUUCCUCCGGGUCACGAAGCAGUACCUGCCCCACGUGGCGCGCCUCUGCCUGAUCAGCACGUUCCUGGAGGACGGCGUCCGCAUGUGGUUCCAGUGGGGCGAGCAGCGUGACUACAUCGACACGACGUGGGGCUGCGGCUACGCGCUGGCCUCCGCCUUUGUGCUCCUCAACCUGCUGGGACAGCUGACCGGCUGCAUCCUGGUGUUGAGCAGGAACUUCGUGCAGUACGCCUGCUUUGGGCUCUUUGGAAUCAUAGCGCUGCAGACGAUCGCCUACAGCAUCCUGUGGGACUUGAAGUUUUUGAUGAGGAAUCUGGCCCUAGGAGGAGGCCUGUUGCUGCUCCUGGCGGAAUCCCGUUCCGAAGGGAAGAGCAUGUUCGCAGGCGUCCCCACCAUGCGCGAGAGCUCUCCCAAACAGUACAUGCAGCUCGGAGGCAGGGUUCUGCUGGUCUUGAUGUUCAUGACCCUCCUUCACUUUGAUGCCAGCUUCUUCUCGAUUCUCCAGAACAUCGUGGGCACAGCUCUGAUGAUUUUAGUGGCCAUUGGUUUUAAAACCAAGCUGGCUGCUUUGACUCUUGUCGUCUGGCUGUUUGCCAUCAACGUGUAUUUCAACGCCUUCUGGACCAUUCCUGUCUAUAAGCCCAUGCAUGACUUCCUGAAGUACGAUUUCUUCCAGACCAUGUCGGUGAUCGGAGGCCUGCUCCUUGUGGUGGCCCUGGGCCCCGGGGGCGUCUCCAUGGACGAGAAGAAGAAAGAGUGGUAACAGACCCCUUCCCUGCCUGGCUAGGACCCGCGGCCAUCGAGGACUGGUUCGGGGUGGAUUCGACCAAAAUGCCAGCAUUUAUGUGUCCUCUUUCCUUCCCUCCCUUGGUAAAGGCACAGAUGUUUUGAGAAUUUAUUUGCAGACACCUGAAAUUUGGCGGCUAAAUCUGCUCUGGACCCACAGCCUAGUACCCGACCACUGGGGCGGGCUGGCUGGGCACAGCGCCUCCCUCCCCCAGGCACGGCCUCGGCUUCCCACGAGCAGCUUGCUGGGCUGUGGCCGCAGUUCCCGUUUUUGUUUCUGUUUUGUGGGUGGGGGGCCUUCAAGCUGUACUGUGAGCAGAUACAUUUGUGUAUCCUUCAAAGCGGUCUCCCUCUUACUGUUUUUUAAGUUUACGUUUUUAGCUAAAACUAAAUGAUUUGGGAUGGCCCAGCCCGACAUCACACAGUCAACGUCCUGGGCGUAAGCCUCGCCCAUGGCUCCGAGUUGUCCCCGUGCCGCAUCGUAACGCUCGCAGGGACAACAACGGCAUUUGGACCCAAACCCAAAAACGAAGUGGUGCCAGAGGGGCCACCGAGGCUGCCGUUCACUCGGCACAAAACCGGCUCCGAUUGGUGCAGCUCGUUGGGUAGGGGAACCCCCCGGGAGCCUCAGCGGCUCAGGGCGGGAACGGCGGGUCAGAAGUCCCCAGGUGCACCUGGAGCCUAUGGGGACCCCCGCCCCCGCCCCCGCGCGCUGACUCCCGUGAGGGGCGUGGGAGGAGCAGCAGCCUCGUGGGGCAGGGCAGCGAUGAAGCGGGCUCUCAGACCAGUUACCUCACCCCCGGUCUUCACACCGAGCCUGGGCUGCCGCUGUGGGCUCCCGUGGGCUCCGACCUGGCCAAGCGCCCCGCCCGCCUCUCCUUCGGCUGGAGGGACUUUUCCCAAGCUGCGCAGCCGUGACUUACCACUUUCUCAAGGCUGUUGCUUGCUCAGAUUUGUCUUUGCUACGCUGAAUGCAGCCCAAAUUACUUUUUACGAUUUGUGAUGCCUUACCGAUUGGAUCUUAAUCCUGUAUUUAAAGUUUUCUAACAUUGCCUUACACCGCGUUUCUCUUCUUGGGGCUGCACGCGCCUGCUGGCUCUUCUCCACUCGUCCACGCUGUAGCGACUGCCACGAGGGGAGAGUUGGACUCGUCUGUGCCUCCCCCAGACCCUCGGGGGGGGUGGGGUGGGGGGGGUGGCAGGCUGACCAAGCUAGAACGAGGACUGCCUGAAGCUGGUCUCUUUUUUCCUGGUUCAUGGCUAGAUGUGCAAGCCUGAGGGCAUCCCUAGGGAUGCCGGGGCCAGUCCCGAACCAGGAUCCACAUUUACCAGCCAGACCAGAGCCAGCGUGGGGCGGGGAAGCUGCCCCACUUUUGCCUCCCAGUGCUCCUAGGGCCUUACUUGGCUCUGCGGCCUGGACCCGCCAGACCUGACAGAAGCAAUGGCACCCCUCUCAACACCCCACCUCAUGCCCACACCUCAGCCCCAGAUGUUCCCAACGCCCGCCCAUUUGCAAACGCCUCCGGCCUUGGAAAAGCAACAGAUGGAGAGGGCUUUUCUACUUGGCCACCCAGAUGCUCGCCGCACGGGGUGGUUUCUGACGCCGUGCGUCCACCUCGGGGCCACCUCUCGGUCCACCCCCUUUCCCAUCAGCACAGCAUCACAGUCCCAUCAGAUGACACUCAGCCACGUCCGUCCCUCCGGGACACCUUUGACAGUUCCAAUACCUCUGUUGGUUUGCAGGAACGGUCUGACCCCAGGAGGCCAAGGGGUGCGGUCAGGGGGCACCCUCAAUGCUGGAGGAGGUUGCUUGGGCCUCCCCUGGCCCUCGGUGGGCUCGUGCCUGGGACGGGGGUAGAUGCCUUUGCAGAAAGGAGAGAAAAAUACCAUCUACCAGUUGGCUUCGGCAAAACCAAUUCUGACAAUUUUUUGGCUUUAUGUGGGAAAUAGGUAUAAAUCUCAUUUUAUGCUGUAUUUUAUAUCUUAGUUGUGUUUGGAAACGUUUUGAUUUUUGGAAACAUCAAAAUAAAUAACGGCAUUUGUUGUA